AUGUCUGAACGACGUAGCGUCACGCCAACGGGCGGAGUUCAGCCGGGCGUCGGCGUCGGCGUCGGCGCUGAGCGUCCCGCCGGUAUAAGCGUCCGUGCCGGCGCGACGCUCAUGAAGAGCGUUUCUAUAUUCCUGACGAGCGGUCGCAAAGCGUCCGUGAACUCGAAGCGGCAGAUCUCCGCCGCGUCUGGCAAAGCCGAGCCGAGAAGAAGACGUCGCAGAAAGAUGCCGGAAGGCGGAGGCGCUAGGAACUCCGCGUAUAUCAUCAAAGUGAUCGAGUCCCUUAAAAAAAAGACGAGAUUUUCCAGGGUGGAGCUGGAUAAUCUCUGCAAGCUUUACAAGAAGUUAACUAGCAAUUCUAGUCAACAAGUUGAACAAUCAGCAUCUAUCGGUAAAAAGCCGCAAUCGAGGUCAGUUAUCGAGGGAAUCGAUAGAACAAUUUUUCGAGAACUUCUUCACAACACAUUUCACGUAAUCACAGAAGACUCUCUGGUGGAGCGUUUAUUCUGUUGUUGGGACCGCGAGAUCGAAGGUGUUAUCAGACUGGAACCGUGGAUCAUAGGACUAGAUGUGUUCUUGCGGGGUAGCUUGCGUGACAAAAUCACUUUUUGCUUUCGCGUGUACGAUUUGAACAACGAUGGAUAUAUCACAAAGGAUGAAAUUUUCCAAUUACUCAAAAAUUGCUUGAUAAAGCAACCCGGUGAAGAGGAUCCGGACGAAGGAGUGAAAGAUUUAUCGGAACUGGCUUUAAAGAAACUCGACGUCGAUCACGAUGGCAAAAUAUCAUUUCGAGAUUACGAGACCGCGAUCAAAGAAGAACCCUUACUACUGGAAGCAUUCGGACAGUGUUUGCCUACUGAAGAAAGCUGCGCAUCCUUUUUGACGACUCUUCAACCUUAAAAAUACGCAAACUCAUCUAUGCUUCUAAAGAUUGUUAUCGCAUA